AUGGACCGCAGCAGCUGGUUCCAUGGCGACGCCUGGAACAGCGCCGGCGCCGGCGGCAACAUCGGGUACAUGUGCGGCUACGCUGCCAGCUACGCCCCAUCAGCGUCGCAGUACAGGGAGGAGGAGGAGCAGCAUGAACUGCUCCUCAACUCACAGAUUCAGCAACACCUCAACCAGAUCAGGAUGCAAAUGAACUUGGACGACGUAGAGCCGACAGCGUACGGCGGCUCCGUCCAUUCCGGCGAUAUCAGCUCCGUCGGGGACGACUUGGACUUCCUCCCUUCGAACCCCGCCGCCGCUUCCUGCAGCUUCCCCUCCUCCUCCUCCUCCGCCUCCACCUCCUUCCGCUCCGCCUCGCUCUCCUGCAGCCCGGAGAUCAGCUCCACGGCGCCGCACGUCCUCGCGGCCCCGGCUGGCCUCCAGUUCCCCGAGGUCUCCUCCUUCAUGGAACCCGGAGUGGUGCUCCCUUACGACGACCAGUACGUCGCCGGCUUCCACGACGCGCCGGCCGCAAUGGCGCCUAGUGGGAUGUCGACGAGGGCGAGCGCGUUCAGGCGCUACGAACAGCAUCUCUCCCCCCGGCGAAGGCUGACGAAGCCGGCAUGCGGGCAGAGGAUGUUCAAGACGGCCAUGUCGGCCCUUGAAAAGAUGCACACGGCGAUGAGGUACACCCAGCAACAGCAGAAUCAGCAGUACUAUUACCAACAGCAGCAGCAGCAGAUGUCGCCGGUGGCCGAGUCGUCGGGAAACCAGCUGCAGCACAUGAUCUCCGAACGCAAGCGUCGGGAGAAGCUCAACGACAGCUUUCAAGCCCUCAGGACCGUCCUCCCUCCCGGGUCCAAGAAGGACAAGACGUCGAUACUGAUCAUUGCGAGGGAGUACCUGUACUCUCUCAAGUCCAAGGUCUCCGACCUCGAGGAGAAGAACCAAGCACUCCAGGCGCAGCUGGCCCAGCGCACCACCAGCGACGCCAGCGCCGAGGAAGACAAGGCCGAGGCCGGUGAGCAGGUCGAGAUCCAGAUAACGAUGGCGGACGGCGAUCAGAGCGGGGAGAUUUGCACCGUGAAGAUCGGGAUGAGGCCGGCGCACAGCAACACGACGGACACAGUGCUCAGGACGCUGCAGUGUCUGAAAGAGCAGAUAGGGGAAGACGUCAGCCUGGUGUCUAUGAGAACCGACGACGGGCCUCAUCGAGCAAGCCUGACAUUGCACCUCAAGUCUGCGUCAGGUGCGAAGUGGGAGGAGGAGACGGUCAGGAAAGUGGUGACAAAGGCUCUCGCCGACACGUUGGUUCCGUAA